GACACUCAAGGUGAAGCGGCGGCAGUCGGGGGCGCCCGAGCCGGCCAAGUUCAUGGGGCACGGAGCCUGCGACAACAUUUCCCGCUCUGUGACGCUGGGUCGCUUCACCGCCGACCCCGCCGACCUGCGCCGCGAGGCGGUGUCGCUGCUGCGGGGCCUGGGGGUGCCCCCCGAGGAGCUGCGCGGGGUGGGGCUGGUGGUGUCGCGGCUGGACAGCGACCCCGCCAGCACCGCCGGCAGGGCCUCCGCACCCGCACCCGCCCGGCUGCAUGCGCCCCCCCGCACCGCAUACGACGCCUCCAAGCCGCCCCCCUGGGCCGCCUUCUUCCAGCGCAAGGCCCAACAGCAACAGCAGCAGCAGCAGGGGGAGGGGGAGGCCGAGCAGAGCCCGGGGCGGCAGGGUGCUGUUGCUCCUGUCAGCCACACGGACCCCAGUAGCCACCCAGCAGACUCGCCGGCCCGGGCCUCCCUCCAAGGUGGACCACCUGGGGCUGGGGGUGGUGGGGGUGGUGGGGGUGCAGCAGCGGCAGCCGCACCUCCCUCGCCGCCGCCCCCGCUCGCUGCCGCUCCUUCCGCCUCACCUUCCACCUCCCCGCAGCAGCAGCAGCAGCAGCAGCUGCCCGGCUGGUACGCCUCUCGCUUCAACGAGUGGUCGCCUGUGUCGGCAUGGGAGCAGCAGCGUCGCCAGCAGCAGCAACAGCAGCAGCAGCAGCAGCAACACAAGCAGGGGGUCCUGGCCGCGUCACGCUCUCCCUCGCCCCCGCAGGCUGCAGACGUUGCGAGUGCAGCAGGAGCAGCAGCGCCUGCGGUCUCUACCGCCACGGUUGCUGCUGCCCUUCGGCCUCCGGCCCCGCGCGCUUCAGCCCCGGCAGCAGCCGUCCCGGUGGUGCGAGGUGCUGCGGCUGCGGGAGCUCCGGCUCCUGCCGCCCCGCAGGAGCAGCAGCAGCAGCAACGACCCCCACCUCGGCUGCACCCCAUGUUCGCCGCGCUGCUGUCCCUUCCUAGCGGCACACAGGAGCAGGGCAACGGGGGCGGAGGUCGGGAUGGUCGUGACGCUGCUGCCGGGGAUGGUAAGGCGGGAGCGCAGCCGCCGGAUGAGGAGGAGGAAGACGAAGGGCAGGAGUGGGGCGAGUCACAGCCCAAACAGGCUGCGCAGGCACCAGCAGUGGAAAGGGCGAGAGGGGG